GGGCACCCCUGUCCUGACCCCCGUCCUGACCCCCGCCCAUCCCCCUGCCCCAAAAUGGCCAGCUGCCCCCUGUACCCCCGCGGGGUCUAUAUGGGGGAUUGGCGGUGGUAACUGAGGUGGCAGUCAGAUAGCCAAGAUCGAGGACGGCAGGGCUAUGAUCCCAGUGUCAUCUGGAGUAACAAACUUGGCGCGUUCGGCCAGAUGAAAGUAUCUUUAGUUCGGCAAAGUUCACAGCCAUGUAUCGUUCACCAGGAAUUUGGCUGAGGAGUUCAAAAAAAGCCUGAGUGCGGUAUGACAGGGUCAUCUACAUGCACUACCUACUCCGCACGGCGGGGAGUUCUACUGCCAGUGGCUCUCUGAGCCCGGGUACUCUCGGGGGCCGGUGCUGGUGAAAAUUCAACAGCGGCCAGGUCACCAGUUCAUGCGCAUCGCACUGUCAUUGUAAUCCAUGACGCUUGUCCCAAUUGGAGGGAACAUAAGAGCGCCAGCAGAAUCGCCAAGACCCUUACUCACCCAUGUCGGCCCCGCCUUCGCAUCUCUUCGAGCCCAUCGUAGUCGGACCCGUCACGCUGCAGCACCGCGUCGUGCUCGCCCCGCUCACGCGAUACAAAGCCGACAAACAGCACGUCCCGUUUCUGCCACUCGUCAAGGACUAUUACACACAACGCGGGAGCCGCCCCGGGACGCUCCUUAUCACCGAGGGUGUGUUCAUCGCGCCCCAGGCCGGCGGAAACGCGCACGUGUCGGGGAU